CCAUUUCUCACAUAUCGUUCGUCACACGAUGAGUGUUUCAUGUCGGUUGUUUUGAUUCUUGGUGUGCGCUGUAUUUGCAGGUGUUGUGCAGUAAAUUAUCCAACACACACAGCAGCUGGUGCGGCGGCAAUGGGCCCAGCAAUAAAGAAGCAACGCGGGUGGGAAAAAUUGCAUUCGGAACCGAUCUCAAAAACUUGCGCCUUGCAAACGACGUGCUCGUGGUCAUAGUUUGUCCGUCGAGUGAUAUUGCCGCGGUACAACGCGAUCCCCAGGUCCAACACACCGUCAAGUGGUUGUCGCGGUCGGCAGUGCGUGCAAAGAACAGCGGCAGCGAGAGCGUUCCGUUCUGAAAAGACAAACGGUCAACUGCGGGACAGUGUAAAUUAGUCCCCGUCUCGGAUACAGCGAGCGCGUUAAAGUGUGUGUGUGAGUGUGUGUGUGUGUUUGGUCUUGAAAGUCGUGCCGCACCAGUAGCCGCAGCACAUCUUACUACAGAGUGAAGGUUCAAUCGAUCCACGGGAAAUUCCGUACCGUCACGUAAUCGCGUGAAAAUUAUCACCCCUACCGACCACCACCACCGGAAGCAGGAAAAGUAGCCACCGAGCAGCAGCAGCACCAGCAGCACCAGCACAACAUAACAACAAUGUUCACCGUUUGCAAGAGUGCGGCAGGGACAACGCUGGUCGCCAGCCUGCAAAGGUAUGGCGUCCGCGCAAUGUCGUCGUCGGUGGUGCAUGCCCCCAAGCUGGCCGAAUUCCCGCUGGAGAAUGAACCUAUUCUCGGCUACCGCAAAGGGUCGAAGGAACGCAAAGAGCUGGAAAGUGCGUUGAAGAAAGCCGCCUCCAAGAUGGAAGACGUGCCGAUCGUCAUCGGCUCGGAAGAGAUCCGCUCGAAGGAGGUGCGUCAUCAGGUAAUGCCACACAACCACAAACACAAGCUGGCCCAGUUCUACUACGCGGAUCAAAAGCUGCUGCAGAAGGCGAUCAAGACGGCCACGGAAACGCAGGUGAAGUGGGACCGCACCCCGCUCGAUGAGCGCAUUCGCAUCUGGCAGAAGGCGGCCGAUCUGAUGGCCGGUCCGUACCGCCAGGAGCUGAACGCAGCCACCAUGCUCGGGCAGGCGAAGACCGUGAUCCAGGCGGAGAUCGAUUCCGCCGCCGAGCUGAUCGAUUUCAUCCGCAUGAACACGUACUACCUAAAGGAGGCGGCCAAAUAUCAGCCGAUUAGCGAGGAUGCGAAGGUGACGAAAAAUUCGAUGCGAUUCCGUGGCAUCGAUGGGUUCAUCGCUGCCGUCAGUCCGUUCAAUUUCACUGCCAUCGGCGGCAAUCUGGCAUACACGCCCGCCCUCAUGGGUAACGGUGUGCUGUGGAAGCCGUCCGACACUGCCCUGCUCUCCAACUACGUCAUUUUCAAGAUCAUGCGUGAGGCUGGCGUACCACCGGGUGUGGUAAACUUCGUGCCCACUGAUGGUCCCGUCUUUGGCGAUACGAUCACAGCCUCACCGCAUCUGGCCGGUAUCAACUUUACCGGAUCAGUACCAACGUUCAACCGGUUGUGGCGCCAGGUGGGCGAGAACAUUAACAGCUACAACAAUUUCCCCCGACUGAUUGGCGAGUGCGGCGGCAAGAACUACCACUUUGUGCAUCCGUCCGCGGAUGUGGAGUCGGUGGUGAACGGCACGAUCCGGUCCGCGUUCGAGUUUUGCGGCCAGAAGUGUUCGGCCUGUUCGCGUAUGUACGUGCCCGAGUCGCUGUGGCCGAAGGUGAAGGACGGGCUGCUGAUGAUCCGUGACACGCUCAAGGUGGGCGACGUGACCGACUUUUCCAACUUCACUUCGGCCGUCAUCGACGACAAAGCAUUUGCGCGUAUCAAAUCGUACAUCGAGCACGCCCGCAGCUCCAAAAAUCUGACCAUUCUCGGCGGCGGCAAGUGCGACGACAGCAAGGGUUACUUCAUCGAGCCGACCAUUGUGCAGACCACGGACCCGACCGAUCGCAUCAUGACGGAGGAAAUCUUUGGCCCGGUGCUAACGAUCUACGUGUACAAGGAUAAGGAUCUCGACAGUGCGAUGAAGCUGGUCGGUGGCUCGACCCGGUUCGCACUGACCGGUGCCGUGUUUGCGCAGGAUCAAGCAUUCCUCAAACGAGCACUCGAAGAGUUCAAGAUGACAGCCGGUAACUUCUACCUGAACGACAAAUCAACCGGUUCGGUGGUCGGCCAGCAGCCGUUCGGCGGUGGCCGUAUGUCCGGCACGAACGACAAGGCCGGCGGACCACACUACGUGCUGCGGUGGGCCACUCCGCAAUCGAUCAAGGAAACGUUCGUCCCACUGAAGGACAUCGAUUAUCCGUACAUGCGUGAAUAAGCGCACCACGCACUCGGCGUACGAUAAAACAGCUGGCGAUGUU